AUUUCCAUUAGCUGCGUCUCUUUAAACUCAAUCAUCGCUGUUUACUGUCUCUUCCACCAUUCUCUCAUCAGAUCUCAAGCUUCUUCCCUCAGACCCUCAGUUUACUCUCUAAUCAUGUCAGCCAAGUAUAUCAUAUCUGCUAUUGUUGGAUCAUUUGGAAUUGCAUAUGUCUGUGAUUCUAUAAUUUCAGACAGAAAGAUAUUUGGAGGAACUACCCCUGGCACUGUUGCAAACAAGGGAUGGUGGGAAGAGACCGACAAGAAAUUCCAGGCAUGGCCACGCACUGCUGGUCCACCAGUGGUCAUGAACCCCAUUAGCCGCCAGAAUUUCAUCGUGAAGUCUCGUUCCGACUCUUGAUUCCUGAAUUUUGUUAAUUGAUUUUUAGUUGGCUGGUUCACCUUGUUCAUGGGAUCCAUGAGCUAUAUGUUUGAGGCUAUACUCUUGUAGUUCAAUUAGUGAUGCCUACUCUUUCAUUACCGACCUUAGUGUCGAAUGUUUUUAUGUCUAAAUAAAAUGUUACUGAUGAAAUCUUGAAUUGAUUGAUACGUAUUCUUGGGUUGGAAUUAUAAAUUUGUUUUGCCUUUA